AGAGUGAGUGUUGACAUGCUGGACGCACCCGAUUACCUACAGUCUACGGGUGACACACAUCCACACUUUCGUCCACUCACUUUAGAUCCUCACCUCUUCUGAUCACCCAACAGGAACUGCAGCUGUACCGAGAAAAUAGAUCUUGUUCCUCUUCAAUACAGGUCACAAUGUCAAACAACAGCUCCAUCCCCAACCUCAACAACAGCACAGGACACAUCGAAAUCCUCCAUGUGUCCAUUUACGCCUUCAUUUCCGUUUUCGGUUUGAUUUUUAAUCUCAUAGCGCUCUUCUUCUUCUACCACACCAAAUCCAGAUCACAAACCAUUGUCUACAUGACUAACCUGGCCACAGCCGAUAUACUGCUCAUUCUUACGUUGCCCAUGAGGAUCUACUACUAUCUGGGAUUUGACAACCUUCCUCAGUGGCUGUGUGAUGUCCUUGGUUUGGUCCUGAAGGCCAACAUGUACGGGAGCAUCUUUCUCCUCACGUCCAUUUGCUUUGAUCGUUGCAUGGCCGUCACCUUUCCUAUGUCAACCCGUGUCCAGGAAUGGAGGAAGAAAGCGCCGUUGGUUUGUCUCGGAAUAUGGCUGCUCACCUUUGGCGCUAGCGUGCCCAUCUACCUUUCCAAGCGUUCACAAGUCGUGACCAACGUGACCAAGUAUUGUUUUGAUAGCCCUCCGGUCUAUGCCACAAACCUCGUGGUGGUGUUACCCACUCUGUUUGUGGGUUUUGGAAUCCCGCUCAUAGUCAUGCUGAUCGGCUCGUGGGGUCUGGCCCGCGCUGUCCAAAGAAGUUCCGUGGCCCAAACCGACCUGGUUGACGGAAGAAAGAUCAAGAGGAUGAUCAUCACCAGCCUCUUCAUUUUCAUACUCAGCUUCCUCCCUUACCACGUCAUCUUGGUUCUCUUCCCUCUUUAUGGAGAUAGGAACCAACAGCCAAUGCAGGCCGCAUACAUCUACAGCCUGAUGGUCGCAUGUUUCAACACAGUACUAGAUCCCGUUGCGUACUAUUUUGCCACGGACACCUUCAGGAAGAGCGUCGACAUGGGGGCCGUUCGGAGGAUGUUUCCUCUGAACAGUCAAAGUUCUGAGACAAACAGGAGCAGAGUCCCUAACAGCUAAUGGACUGCUGAAGACCCACUCAACACACACCGUGGUCCAAAAGCUUCCAAGCUGGUUUGCCAGUCUGACCCAGCCGUUCAUAAAGAGAGGUUCGCAAUGGAUUUUUUUGGUUCGCCAAAUAAAUGAGCAGUUUCUUCAAUAAGAUAAUGGUUGUUUAUUGGACAUUUAAAUGCGAUGUAAACUUUUGAGGAAUUUAUAACGAUGCCUGAAUGUUUGCGUUCUGAAAGCAUGGGAUCUAGUAAUAAAGCCUCCAAUGCUGUCCACCAGUGAAAACACUGACCGCCUUUGAACCUGGCGUUAUAAUGCAUCUCGUACCCUGAUUGUGUGUAUAAGCAGAUAACAUUUACACCUUUUAUUAACAGUUGUUUCCAGUGUCCACAUUGAGAUCCGAUGGAGAAGCGGUCACUCUAAUGAGUUCAAACAACGUCACAGCCCCCCCUGGUUUUGCCUUUAUUUUUUCAAUGUACCAAAACACUUGGUCUUGUUCAAAUGUUACUUUGUCUAUUAAUGCAAUAUGUAGCAAUGAGUUUUCUAAUUACAAAAAUAAACUGUGGCAUUAACUACAA